AUCUAUAAAACCAGGCUGGACUGCACAGCAGCCAUGUAAUCGCCCACGCCCUCCCUACUCUGGCACUGUAUCAGCCAAUGACUGUAUAUACGAAGGUAUCAGCACGCUUGGCUACAUCGCAUCUCCUUGCCGGAUAGCCUUUGCUGUAUCAGGACAGGACGUCACGGCUUUGACCUAGGGCAAAGAAGCACGAGUUACCCCCUUCCAUCAGAGCAUCUGAACAUACUUCAGUUUAUCGGGCCGAGCACGCACGAGCCAGCAGGUGCCAUGGAGUCGCAUCUCUCUGCCACCGCAUAUCUCGUCCUAGCAUUGGUCUCCACAACAUCUGGGUUCUUCUGGACUCCCCGAGGUCCUCAGAUGUACCCAUGCCUCACCUACAUGGAGCGCAACCUGCGGGUAGACUGUGAGUUCCCUGUGGAAGACAACCCUGCACACCUAGGCCCCUACUGCGAGUACAAGCAGGACAGCCGACUGGUGGGCAGCACCUACCCCAACGCUGUGUCCCUGGUGUCCACAGACAACCGAAGGAGGGCCAACGUGAGCCUGGUCAACCCCACCGUGUGUCGUCUUACCUGGGCUCCGAUGGCGGACGAUAAGCCCUACACCUACACCUGCAGGGUGUACCAGGGGUCUACCUGGAAGGAGAACAGCAUGGCUGUACACCAGCGAAUUCUUCCAAUCUGUUCAGCCCUCAGCGUGAUGUUCCAUACUGGGCUAUUUCUUCUGUCCCUUGUGAUGUCACUUCCUGUAACUAUGGGUCUCCUCUCUCCCUGAUCUCCUUUCAAUGUACAGAUAGCUAGAUGUUGUUACAUGUUUUUAAACAGAUUUUCAUAUCAUUAUUAUAGUACACAAUAAUAACUACAAUUUAUUGAGAUCAUAGUCAAUGUGUAAUGAAACAGUGGUACGUUGGAGGCUGUGGCUCCAUAUUCACUGUUUUCUGACCACUUCAAUGAUCACUUUAAAAACUGAUCCAUCAGACUAGAUCUUAUUCUGUAUUAUCUAUUCUCUAUACUUUAGGCUUUGCUUUUGGAGUAUCAGGUGAGAAUCCUGUCAAAACAAUUUCUUUAUAUCAGUCAAACUUUCAGAACGUCCAGACUUUCAGGCUCUCAUCAGCCCUUUGGCUCAGGGAUGCUAGUACUGGAAUGGGUGGUCAUGUCCUAAAGAGAUUCACAAUGGCUAUGUUUACACAGGCAGACCAAUUUUGAUAUUUUUCCACUAAUCGUUUUUUUAAACAAUCAGAUUAGUUAAAAGCAGCCUUUGUGUAAAAGCAGCCUUUUUUUGGGGGGGGGGUAUAUUUUACAAUAGUUAUCUUGUUAUUUUUAGAACCACCCUUCAGCUUCAUUCAACCCCUCCCAUCUAUCUCUGAAAACCCUCAGGUUUUUUGCAGAGUUAGCUCCAGGUAAACGUUGCAAUUCUUCAGUACCAAAACAAAUGAUCUAAUGAUUCUGUUUCUUCACAGCAAAAUCUGCAGAGCUGGGAUGGUUGUAUAAUCAUUUAAAUUAUUUAACUAAGUUUUGAAUCCAGCAUCAUUUUAUGUAUCAGUUCAUGAACCAUGAAUUCAUUAGGCCUAUGGAUUUUACAUGUCUGGGCAGGUGCACAGCCAUGGGUGGGUGGGAGCCUUUUAUUGUCCCCAGCACAAUGUGCACCUGUGUAAUGAUCAUGCUGUUUAAUCAGCUUCUUGAUAUGCCACACCUGUCAAGUGGAUGGAUUAUCUUGGCAAAGGAGAAAUGCUCACUAAUAGGAAUGUAAACACAUUUGUGCACAACAUUUGAGAGAAAUAAGCUUUUUGUGCAUAUGGAACAUAUUAGAUCUUUUAUUUCAGAUAAUGAAACAUGGGACAAACAUUUUACAUGUUGCUUUUAUAUAUUUGUUCAGUGUAUAUAGCACAGCUGUAUUGUCACAGUUGACUUGGACUGGUGUAAGGCGGAAUCAGAUGCAGGAGACAGGUGCUGGAGAUGAGUGUCCUUUUAAUAAUUUGACACACAAAACAAAACCGCACAAGGCACAGGGCGCUACAGACAGACUGCCUGGGAAAAACACAUUCCCAAUGAACAAAAUAUAUAUAUAAGUGGCACAAAAAGGCACGGGGCGCAGCCCGGUAAAUCCUCUCUUCGUGAAACUGUCAGAAACAAACCCAUAAUAAAACACGGACCACCGUCCUGAGUAGACAAUGAACAAUCCGACACAAAACCCCAACUGAAAACACACACUAAUAAGGCCCCACUAAUGACAGACACAAAACAGGUGCGGAACAGACAGACGAAACCAAAAGACACAGAACCAACGAUCGGUGGCAGCUAAUAGGCCGGCGACGACGACCGCCGAGCACCGCCCGACCGAGGAGGGGCGCCACUUUCGUUGGAUCCUGUGACAUGUAUAUUUUUUGCUCCGUAAAUGAAACUGGCAUACUUUUUUUAUUCAUCACAAUUUUCAUUAACCAAUUUUGGUCUUUAAUGAAGGGGCGACAGACAAGUUUGCAAACGCAGCCUUUGUGAAUCUCUUUAGGACAUGAUCACCCAUUCCCAUAGUAGCAUCCCUGUAGCAUUGAGGAGAUAGUGGGGGGUGAAAAGUAAGGCCAACACUACCGUAUCAGAGUGUGUAUUUGGCUCACAGCCCCUGAUUCUGGGGCACUUAAAGCUGCAAUAUUGUAUGUAACUUUUUGGUUGACCCAACCAAAUUCACAUUGAAAUGUGAUAUGUCAUUCUCAUUAAAAGUCUUAAGAAACUGUGGAUCUGUUCUAUGUGCGCUAUGUCUAUGCUUUCCGUGCUUAAGUUUCUUUUUGUAUCUUUUAUGUUUGGUUUUGUACACCAGCUAUAAAGAGCUGGUUAUACGUUGUUUUUGUACUUGAAAAAAAUUAGGGCAACUAUUAUAAUUUUAGUAACUAGGAAAUGGCAGAGUGAUUUCUGCCUAUUGCAUCAUUAAGGAUUUCCUCUGAAUUACCAUUAAGAUAAUGGAUGAAAUGGAAAUGAUUGGCUAUGGAAUGACUAAGAUAUUUACAUGUCAGGUGGUAUAUGUUGUAACUAUUCAAUAAUUGGUUAAUGAUCAACUCUUGCCUUUUAUUUCAAUCUCAAAGUAUUUAGAAACCUUUCAUGGAUGCAAAGAAAUCUGACGCUCUCUUUAGUUUGAAAGUUUUGUUUACAUUUUGUCAUUCCCAUAUGUUCUUGUAGAUUUCAUACAGUAGAAGCUUGAGCUUAGCUAAAUUGUAUAUCAAAGGAAACAUUACACUUAGUGAUAUCCCCUGUAUUGCAUAAUUACCGAUUGCUGAUUAGCCAUUGAAAGUUCAAGACAUGUCAGGACUGUGUUAAAUGUUUUGAUACUCAGCUUCACAUGGCACAUUAUUCGUUAUUGUAAUAAUGUAUUAAAUCUAUAGGCAACAAUUAUAUUCAA